AACGACGGUAUCUGAUGUUCUCGACAGUUGCAAUUGAGAUCUUGUGGGAUACACUUCUCAAGCUCAUUCACAUGUCUGUAAAAGUGAAAGGCAACGAAGUCAGACAACACAUAAAGUGCGGUACUAAUACGCAAUAAAGAAAGCGACGAUUGUACGUAUCACAUACGUUCGUGAUCUUAUCCUAACUCAGUGUAAAUGACAAUCUUUCAAUUAAUCAAUUGACAGUGAACUGAUAAUUUUAUGUAUUGCGGCAAAAUGUUGGAUACAAAAGAUGAAAAUGGUGUAACGAAAAUGCUGGAUAGUGAUUGUAAAAUUUGUGUUCAAGAAUCACAAAAAUUACUGGAACCCAAGAAAUUACGGAAUUCACAAAUAUUAAUCGAAUUCAGGAAUCUCUGUUAUUCAGUUCACGAUCGAAAAGGUAGUGAGGAAGUAAUCUUAAAUGAUGUGACGGGACAUUUCGAAUCGGGAAAAGUCACGAUGAUAAUUGGUCCUUCCGGUGCCGGAAAAACUACCUUGCUGAAAAUUCUAUCAGGCAAACGAUCAGUCGAUAUUAAAGGUAACAUUACUAUGAAUGGCAUUAAAUGGAAUAGGAACAUAUUCCGUAAACAGAUGUGCUAUGUACCGCAACAAUUCGAUCUAUUGCCAUUUCUGACAACAAGAGAAACUCUUUAUGUAGCAGCUCGAUUGAAACUUGACAUUGAUCAGAAAAAAGACGCGAUUUAUUUAAUUGUAAACGAAAUUGCAGACAAACUUAGCUUGUCAAAAUGUCUGGACACAUUAGCGUAUAAAUUAAGCGGUGGCGAACGGAAGAGACUUUCCAUCGGUGUAGAAUUAAUCAAUAAUCCAUUCGUUCUCUUAUUAGAUGAACCAACAAGUGGUCUUGAUAGUGCAGCCUCUAAACAGGUUAUUAACAUACUACACAAUAUGGCGAGAGAAAAUUGCACUGUGGUUUGCUCAAUACAUCAACCUAGUAGUCAGAUGAUUUCACUCGUCGAUAACAUUAUGGUACUCAACCAAGGCAAAUGUAUGUAUUGUGGUCCAAGAAACGAGAUUUUAAACACGUACAGUAUUGCAGGAUUCACAUGCCCGAACUUCUAUAACAUAGCCGAGUUUGUGCUUGAGGUAAUAACAGAGCAAAGAGAUGGAGAUUUAGAAAAUUUAUACAAAAUUUGUCGUGAAAAAUAUGAACAAUCUAGUUUAAGCAAUAAACGUAAUAAAAAUGAAUUGGAUUUAUCGACAUAUUCCAAACAGGAAUUUCUCACAGAUAAUACGGAUAAGUUCAUAAAUAAUAUAGUACAAGAAAAAUCGACGUGGCAACAGCAAAAGAUUUUAUUUUUAAGAUCUUUAAUCUGUAUCAAGCGAGAUAACACUUUAACAAAACUAAGAUUUGCGGCGCACGUUGUAGUCGCGCUGUUACUAGGAAUAGUUUUCUAUAAUUUCGGCAAUGAUGCAGAAAAAGCUGACAGUAACAUUGCUUGCUUAUUUUUCUUUCUAUUAUUUUUAUUCUUUGCAAAUUCUCUCCCGGCAGUACAGAUGUUUCCUACAGAAGCGACAGUAUUCCUACAAGAACAUUUAAAUAAUUGGUAUUCCUUGAGAUCUUAUUAUAGUGUAAAAAUAUUCACGGAUCUACCGAUGCAAAUACUUUGUGCUUCAUCUUUCUUGUUUAUAUCAUAUUACAUAACAGGACAGCCAAUGGAAUGUGAUAGAAUUCUACAGGCGUGGAGUGUUUGUCUGUUAAUUACGAUUCUUGGACAAACUGUUGGGAUACUUACAGGCGCAGUUUUUAACACUGAGAUAGGUACGUUUUUAAUACCGGCAAUGAGUAUACCAUUGUUGCUGUUCGCUGGAUUUUUUCUAAAAUUAGGAGAAAUAUCAAAGUAUUUACAACCUUUAGGCGUUGUGAGUUUUUUCAGAUAUGCAUUUGAAGGAAUGAUGCAAGCAGUCUAUCUUGAUCGACCUAAUCUGACGUGUUUGGAAAUCUAUUGUUAUUUGAGUUCGCCAAACAAGAUUCUUUCAAAAAUGAGCAUGCCAACUGUGAUAUUUCCUGUAAUUUUGAUAAUACUUGGUUCUUGGAUACUCUGUUUACACGUAAUCACUUAUGCAGUACUUAGUUGGAGAAUUUAUUAUUCAAGAAAAUGAUACGUUACGUUAAUGCUUGUUUGGAGAAAGGGUUCUUAAAGUAUGUUUUAACCAAGAAAUGAUCUGUAUAGUAAAUUCUUUUGUAUUACUACAUUAAGGAUAUUGUAAAGGGUAAAUUGUAGGAUUAUAAAUGUAAGUUAUAUAAAUAUUUUUUUACUUUA